UAUUCGUUUAGAAUUCUGUUGUGCCCAACUACCUGUUCCUCAAACUAUUGUAAAUUUACAGAAUAUUUAAACUAACUUAGGACACAACAGGCCCAACCAUGCAGCGAAAUGGAAGUCAGCUGGCAGGUAGUCCGGCCAAGAACAGGUUGAAGAACCCAGACUACUGUGGAAAAACAUUCCUCAGAAAUCUGCUCUAUGUUUUCAACAUAAUCUUUUUUGUGUCUGGACUUGCUUUUCUGGGAGUUGGCCUGUACGUGAUGUUAAAUCGUCAUUCGUUUGUGAGCCUCCUUGGCGGGACUAUGUUCCCCGUGACGACUUACAUCAUCCUGGCAACUGGGGCCAUCAUCUUUGUGAUGGGAGUCAUCGGCUGCAUUGGGGCCUGCCAGGAAAACAGAUGCCUUCUUUUUACAUAUGCUUCAUUUCUGUUGCUGAUCUUCCUGUUGGAGGCUGUAGCUGGGGUGCUUGCGUACAUGUACAACGGAGUGAUACAUGAAGAACUGACAAGGAAUCUUAAUGAGACAAUGAUGCAGAAGUACAAGUAUGACACAGCUAUCACCAAGGCCAUUGAUGACAUGCACAUGGAGUUCAGGUGUUGUGGCUCGGCAUCAUUCCAAGACUGGCAACAUUCAAAAUGGCUGCAGGAUGGUAACGAUCAAAGAAAGACUCCCGACAGCUGCUGCAUCACCCCCGGAGAGAUGUGCGCUCUCAGAGACCAUCCAUCCAACAUAUAUUAUCAGGGCUGUACAUACCGGUUGGAGCAAGUCACCAAGGAAUCUCUGCUGCUUAUCGGCGGCAUAGCUCUUGGCUUCUGUUUCAUCGAGAUCUUCGGCAUCAUCUUUGCCUGCUGCCUCAUUCGUAAGGUCAAGGAGGCAGAGUUUCGCUACUGACAGGAGGGGAAGGUCAAGCUACGCGUGCAAUUCAGGCCCAGAUCUGAUUUCUUAAACUAGAUUGCUUCCUAUUGAAUAUAAUCUAAAGCAUGUUGUGCAGUAAAAUUUUAAUGUACAGGUAUAUAAUAGUUGCUUUUUAUUAAGUGUAUUUGCUUUUACUGAUUAUGUCUUUUUUGAUAUGUUGAUUUAAACUUAUUAAACUGCUAUUUUGGAUUUUCUUGGGACGUAAAGCUUAACAAAAUAACCAUUUUCUUGCAUAAAGACACUGCACAUUUUUAUUAUACUCCAGAAAAAAUCAUAAUAAGGUCUUAUAAUAUUAUCAUUUGUACAAUCAAAGUGACUUAAAUGAAUCAAAUCCAAAAAGCCAUUUAUAAACAAACAGUAAUUUAAAAGUAUGGUUGAUGUAUUUUUUGGUGUUUAAAUUACUUUCUGUUUUCUCAAUGACUACUGUUGAAACCUAGGUAGACUUCCUGUGAAGAGUUUUUAUGGUUUGUAGUUUAAUUCAUCAUUAAAUUGAUAUGACUUGUUUAGCUCACCUGAGAACAAUGUGCUCAUGGUGAGCUUUUGUGAUUGCCUUUUGUCUGUCAUGCGGCUUAAAUAUUUGCCUUGUUAACACUCUAGAGGCCACAUUUAUUGUCCAAUCUUAAUAAAAUUUGGUUAGAAAAAAAGAUUCGUCUCAUUGAUAUCUUGGAUGAGUUCGAAAAUGGUAACGGUUGCUUGAAAAACAUGGCUGCCAGGGGGCGGGGCAUUUUUCCUAAUAUGGCUGUAUAUGGCUAUAGUAAAACCUUGUGAACAUUCUAGAGGCCACAUUUAUUGUCCGAUUGUAAAAUUGUUCUCAACACCUUAGAAGCCAAAUUUAUGGUCUGAUCUUAAUGAAACUUGGUCAGAAGAUUUGUCCCAAUGAAAUCUUGGAUGAGUUCCAAAAUGGUUCUGGUCUGUUGAAAAACAUAGCCACCAGAUGGUGGGCCAUUUUCCUUAUAUGGCUAUGUAUGGCUAUUGUAAAACAUUGUUUUGACUCUAGAGGCCACAUUUAUUGUCCCAUCUUCAUGAAACGUGGUCACAAGAUUUGUCCCAAAGACAUGUUGGACGAGUUCGUAAAUGAUGUUUGUCGGUUACAAAAAACAUGGCCCCCAGGGGGCCGAGGAUUUUUUCCAUAUAUGGCAAUAUAAUACUAUUUUUAACCCUUUAAAUCACUCUAGAGGCCACUUUUAUUGUCUGCAAUGAAACUUGGUCAGAAGAUUUGUCCCCAGGAUAUCUUGGACAAGUGGGGAAUGGGUCCGGCUAAUUGAAAAUUAUUGCGAGGGGGCGGGGAAUUUUACCUUAUAUGCCUUUAGUAAAAACUUGUUAACACUCUAAAAGUCAUAUCUUCCAUAACACUUGGUCAGUACAUUUGUUUUAAUUAUUUCUUUGAUCAGUUGGAGAAUAGUUACGUUCUGUUGAAAAACAUGGCGACCAGGGAUCAGGGAAUUUGUCCUAAUAUAGUUAUAGUAAAACCUUGUUACCACUCUUAAAAGUUUUUUUUUAGUUCACUCUGUAUUAAACUUUGUAAGAACAUUUGUUCUAAUGAUAUCUUGGGGCUGCACUGAGCAGGUAAGUUUGUUUGUAUCUCAGGUAAGCGACUUUGGGCCUUUCAGGCCCACUUCUUUCCAUUUAGCUUUUUAUAUUACAAAACCAAAGCUGACUUAUAAAAAAACACAAAAAACAUUGUAGUUAAGAACAUCAGUGCUAUCAAUGCUGUUUUAGUGGUUCCCAACUUCCAAAUUAACUGAUGAUCCUUGUUAAGGUAAAGGUGUUGAUCAUUUGUAUCUUUCUUUGUGUAAAUGCAUGAAAACAGUUUGAUCAAAGGAAGAAGUUAAAAGCUAUUUUUUUUUUUUAUGCUGUAUUAUUUGUUAAUUAUGUUUAUUUUUAGCAUACAAAAUAGGAUUUAAAAGUUGGUAUUACAGAUAUGCUUCCUCUCCAAUGAUCAAAAAGCUGUUAACCUAAAUCAAGCUAAAUUUGUGAAAAAUGUAAGUAUCUUACACUAUCUGUUUCUGUCUUGCUAAAAUACAUGGACUGUUGUGCAUUUUAAAGGCAAUCUUCUUAUGAAGAAAUGCAUGCAUUGCAUUUUUGUAUAGGUAAUUAAAAUAUUUGGUCAGUUUAAACACAGCGCUUUCAAGAAUACAAAGCACCCAAAUUGAACUAUAACCGGAUAUAUGAUGCUAGAUCAAACUGUGUUCCUUAGGGUUUCUAUUCAACUGCAGUCAGCCAGUCCCCCUAAUUUUAAAUGUUGAUUGGGAGCCCAGAUUAUAGCUGAUCCCAUGCUGUUUGAUAGAAUUUAACUUUAAAUACCACAGUUGAUUUUCGUCCAUUUUGUGUUUCAUGAAAUAAUACCCUUUGGUGUACAUGUAUAGAGUAAGUGAAUCAUAUGCAUUAGAAAACAGGUGUAGUUUUUUGAAGCGUUGGAGUGAACUAGGCAAACGUCUGUUGUUACUAGUUUAAGUUUGCAUGAAGUACACUUUCAUAUGUAGCUUAUCACUGCUAGCUUGACCUUCAUUUUUUCAUGCUUGUAAUUUUGUCGUCAUUGUCGUCUGGGUCAUAUAAGACAAUAAUAUUGUAGAUAUACCAUUUUAAGUACAGAUAUUGCAGUAAAUCUUAUAAUAUGUUUUCAUCUUCUAAUCAUGUACAGUAGAGUUCUUAAGUUAUUAACAAAAACUGUUAAAUGAUCAAACAUAAUUUCAAUUUAUAUGGAUCAUCAUGCUGAAAUGUGGAUCAUCAAUAAUCAAUUACAUCACGUUCUUUGAUGCCUUGAAUACCAAACAAUUUUUUUUAGUUUUUCAAAUCUUCAGAUCUGUUAUAUUUUGUGUUAGUUUUGAUGUAUUGAUGUCUUUUAGUAUUUUCAACAAUAUAUCAGCAUGUGAACUGCAUUUGAAAAAUGAACUUUAAACUUUAAUAUACCAAAUGUGUUUAGUGUAAUCCUGAACAGUCUGCUCCAUGUGUGCAUCAAGUGUGUGAACAGUCUGCUCCAGAUGUGCAUUAAGUGUGUGACACUGCUCCAUGUGUGCAUUAAGUGUGUGAACAGACUGCUUCAGAUGUGCAUUAAGUGUGUGAACAGACUGCUUCAUAUGUUCAUUGAGUUUGUGAACAGUCUGCUCCAGAUGUGCAUUAAGUGUGUGACACUGCUCCAUGUGUGCAUUAAGUGUGUGAACAGUCUGCUCCAGAUGUGCAUUAAGUGUGUGAACAGACUGCUUCAUAUGUUCAUUGAGUGUGUGAACAGACUGCUUCAGAUGUUCAUUAAGUGUGUGAACAGACUGCUUCAGAUGUUCAUUAAGUGUGUGAACAGACUGCUUCAGAUGUUCAUUAAGUGUGUGAACAGACUGCUUCAGAUGUUCAUUAAGUGUGUGAACAGACUGCUUCAGAUGUUCAUUAAGUGUGUGAACAGACUGCUUCAGAUGUUCAUUAAGUGUAUGAACAGACGGCUCCAGAUGUGCAUUAAGUUUGGUUUUCUUAAGGCAUGCAGUGUACAAAUGAAGUACUGGUAGAACGUUUUGAUUUAGUGGCAAAAAUAACAGCUUCUUAACUGGUCAUACGAAAAGUUACUUAUGUAUGCUUGUAUUGUUUCAGUGCCAAAUUAUCAUUUAUCCAUUAAGCGUUAAAAUUGUUGAUAGCAUGUGGCCUUGCAUUAUCAUAGUACUGUGUAAUUUUGUGUAUUAUAAUAAUAUUAUUUUUUGUAUUUUGUAUUAAUAUGAUAUUAUAUUCUUUUUUCUUAUAUUAUUUAUGCAUAUAAUUAUUCAAGUAUUUAUAUAUAAAAUAAACACAUAACAUUUUAUUGCAUAUUGAUAUUAAUUUGAAAAGUAGAUGUAAAAAUAAAACACAACUAUACAGAUUUUCAACAGUUUGUUUCAGAAUUCUAUUUUUCUUUAAAGUUAAAACCGAAUGCAGUACACAAAAGUUUAUAAAUGUUUAAAUGUUCAUCAGUUUUUUGUCAAUGACAAUUUAAUCAUUUAAAUGUUAAUUUUUGUUUAAUAAUGAUGCUUGUACAUUCCUUUUGUGUUAUUUAAACUGGCGAAUUAUAGUUUUGUGUAUUACCAAUAGAUUGUAAAAAUUUGAGUUUUCUGUAAAGAGAAAGGCACUUAUUAGCAUGUUUAAUGUUUUGGAAAACCCACAUGCUUAGAGUAGAUAAACAUUUAGUGGUAAAAUACAAUUUGACAAGAUAUUUCCCCUUAUCAAGUAACUUAACAGACAAACAAAUAAAUCAACAAUCUAAACACAUAGCUUUCAAAAUAAGACUUUUGCCUAUCAUAUCCAUGAACAACUAAUCCAUAUUUGAACUGUUAAUGGCAAUAUUUCAUUUUCAAGAAUCUCAAAUAAGCUUUAAUGUCUCUGGCUUACAUUUUCAGAGGUAAUGUAUUUUCAAGGUCAGUUGGGUUAACAAAUAAAUUCUGGCUUUUAUGUGGCAUAUAAAAGAAUAGUAAAUAGCACUUUACAAAGUGUAUGUCCUUGUUUUAUUGCAGAUAGUUGUUUAAUAAAAUGUGUAUCAUUUGCUUAUAA